AGUACUAUAAAAUCAACUCUGAAACGCACAGUCUGUACAGUGGCAGUGUUUGCACGUGUAAACUUUAAUAACAAGUUGUAAUUCAAAAAUUAAGAAAAAUAUUUAAAAAAAUUAAAUUCAAAAAUUAAACUUAAACAAAAAAAAAAUGUCGAUAGUUUGUAGAGUGUUAGUGAAUAAUGCGAAAUGUAGAACGAUCGCGACUUUCCCCGGAAGAAGAAGCCAAAGUACCAAACUAAAACCCCAAUUGGCUACAACCAAUGGGUUUUUAAAAUCUUCAUUUUUGGAUGUGCCAAUUCCCGAAACAAAUUUGGCGGAAUACGCUAUGGAAUUUUAUGGGGAUUAUGCCGAUAGAAUAGCUUUGGAAUGCGGAAUAACUGGAAGAAACUACACAUUCGAUGAGGUUAGAGUAAAGUCAAGAAAUCUAAAUAAAACUUUACGGAAGAAAUUAAAGUUACAAAGAGGCGACGUUGUUGCUCUAUUCUUGCCAAACAUUCCAGAAUUUCCUAUUUGUGUCUUCGGAAGUAUUUUAGCCGGGUUAAAAGUGACAACUUUAAAUCCUGCUUAUACGCCAGAUGAAAUUCAUAGACAACUCGUCGAUUCUGGUGCGAAAAUAAUAAUAACAAUAAAUCCAUUGUACCAAAAUUGUAAUAAAGCAAUCGACAAGUUGGAUAAAAAAAUUCCUAUCAGUAUAAUAAAAGAAAAGCAAGAUGAACUUCUCCCACAAGGAACAAUCAAUUUUAAAGAACUCAUCGAUGAAAAAUUAGAUUUACCAGAUAUUACAAAUUUAUCACCAGAUGAUACCGCCUUUUUACCAUAUUCAAGCGGCACAACAGGAUUACCAAAAGGUGUUAUGCUCUCAAACAGAAAUUUAGUUGGAAAUAUCCAACAAAUUGGUUCGGAUGAAACGAAAUUUGCCAAAUUACCAGACGGCUCACAUCAAGAUUGUUACCCAUCCAUCCUUCCUUUAUUCCACAUUUACGGUUUUACAUCAUCAGUGAGUUUAUUAAGAACGGGAUGUAAAACGGUUACAUUAAGCAAAUUUACACCAGAAUUGUAUAUUCAAACGAUCAUAAAACACAAACCAAAUAUUUUAAUGUUAGUCCCACCGAUAGUUUUAUUUUUAAGUGCUCAUCCAGCGGUUAAAACUGAAUAUUUCGCAAAUUUAGAAACGACUAUGUGUGGGGCUGCUCCUUUAGGGCCUUUAGAUGAGCAGAAAUUCCGCGAAAAGGUUGCAAAACCUUGUACGAUUUUACAAGGUUACGGUUUAACUGAAGCUUCACCAGUUGUGACUCAAAUGCCAACAGCUUUACAAGGAAAAUAUGUUGGAUCAAUGGGUCAUCCUGUGUCACUCACUGAAGUGAAAGUAGUCGAUAUUAACGAUCCUGAACUAAAACAUUUAGGUCCGAAUCAAACUGGAGAACUCUUAGUGAAGGGUCCUCAAGUAAUGCAAGGUUAUCACAAUAAACCGAAAGAAACCGAAGAAACUUUUAUUGAUGGUUGGUUAAGAACCGGGGAUAUGGUUUAUUACAACGAAGAUUUACUAUUUUUCAUCGCGGAUAGAAUCAAAGAAUUAAUUAAAGUCAAAGGAUUUCAAGUUCCCCCAGCUGAAUUAGAACAAUUAAUUCGCGAUUUCCCGGGUAUUCAAGACGCCGCGGUUAUUGGAGUUCCCCAUCCGAUUAACGGGGAAGCUCCAAGGGCUUACAUCGUACCCAAACAAGGGCAAAAGGUCGAUGUUAAUAAAUUAAAAGAAUUCGUUGAAUCGAAAGUCGCUAAACACAAAAAAUUAAGCGGCGGAAUUUCUAUCGUUGAUAGUAUUCCAAAAAAUGCUUCAGGAAAAACAUUGAGGAAAGAGUUAAAGAACAAAUUUGAAAAAGAAGGAAUUUAAAAAAAUCUUGUUUUAAGUCACACAUUCCUUUUUUGUACUCUCCCAUAAUAUUGGGUUAUGGUUUAUUAUAUUUUAGAUUAAGUGUAUGUACAUAACAAUUUAUGAAGAUAUUAAUUAAUAAGAUUUUAAUGUUUUAAUUAAAAUUAACACUUAAUGUACAGAAUUUUUUUUAAUGUAAUA